AAUGAACGUUUCCCCAUUUCUGAAGGUGAUAUGUGCGCAUGUUCAAUUCAUAAGCAUUUACCAAAAAAUAAGUCGAUUCAAUUAUUAACCAAACAGCAAAACAACCCAUCAGAAGAUUAA